GUGUCGUGUUGCCUCUCCCACAGAACUUUCACUCCGCUCCCUGUAAACUGAGCUGUGACUCGCUCACCUCCGCCUUCAGUGUAGAUAUCUAAAUUAUUUGGUUAUGCCAUUUUAUUUCUUCGCCUGAGCAGUUAGGAUCAAUGUGCUGAGGAGAAACAAAUAUAUUUGUAUUGAAAUCAAUCUGCAUAUUCGAGAAACUAUAUUCCCUUCGCCUGCCCCUAACUUCAUUGAAAGUAGAACUUGGUAAAACGUUUAAUGUAAGUGUAUAGGUUUGAAAGUAAUUAUUUGAGGUAUUCAAGUUAACCAAUUUUUUCUGAGAUAAUUAUCUUGUGAUCUCUCAGUGGAACAAGUUAACAAGUUUAAAUAAGAGCAUAGAUAAGUUGUCCAGAGGAGCAAGACCUGACGCGCCCCCCAAAAAAUCACGAAGUAGUCUACGGAAUCUUCCCGCCAGAGUUCACUAGCGAUGGUUUGGUGUGCUCGCUCCGGGGCCAUCGGCUGCUCCCUCACCCUUGCCGCUAUAGGCGCUGUUGUGGUGAUGCUGUCAACAGCCUUCAACGGAGCCGACGAGAGCCAGCAUCAGAAGAUAGGAAAGAGGAGCAGCAGCAGCAUGGAUGCUGGCCCUAGCGACAGCAUAAUGCCCCUGGGCGUUCCUCUGAGUGGCAGCCCCGAGGAGCCCAUCAGGCUGGAUCUGAGUGGCGUAAGAGAGGAGGAGGAGGAGGUCCAGGAGCGGUCACAGAGGACCAGGUUCGAUAAAGCGGCACCCACCAACGUUUCAGGCCUGACUGGCACCUCCGCCUACCUUCACUGCCUGGUCCACAACCUGGGCAACAGGAGCGUGUCGUGGAUCAGACAACGAGACCUGCGCAUCAUGACGGUCGGGAGAUACACCUAUACGACGGACCAGAGAUACGAGGUCAUCAACUCGCCCGGCUCCAAGGACUGGAUACUGAAGAUCAAGUACGCCCAGGUGCGCGACUCUGGCACCUACGAGUGCCAGGUGUCAACCAAACCUGUCACGUCAUACGUCGUGCGACUCAAUGUCUUCUCCGCCCCGCAGGCCCAGAUCAUCGGGGCACCGGACAUGCACGUCGACAUGGGCUCCACCAUCAACCUGACCUGCACGAUCGCGCACAGUCCUGAGCCUCCAGCCUUCAUCUACUGGUACCACAACGGCAAGGUAGUGAACUACGACUCCCCGAGAGGUGGCAUUACCGUUGUCACUGAGAGGGGCAACACUACCAGCGGCUACCUCUUAAUACAGGACGCCCGGGCUUCUGACAACGGCAACUACUCCUGUGUUCCCUCCAACACGGCCGCCACAACGCUCAGGGUUCAUGUUCUCAACGGAGAGGCGCCGGCGGCGAUGCAGACCAAUGGUGUCAGGAGUCUAUUGGCUCGUCCCAGCGGCCUUCUCUACUACCCUCUGCAGGUGCUGUGCUUCCUCCCUCUCCUGACGCUGGUGGUCGGGGACGUCCUCCCGCCGAUAGCACCGAGGGGCAGGGGCACCUGAGGUGAUGGCGGCCCUGAAGGCCCACCUACGGCACAGGAUAGGCUUAGAUUUACUGCCUUCUGACACAGCUGAAUGCUCCUGCGGCGGCCACACCCAGAACGUAGUCCCGCCUCCCGACAAGUGCCUUCAACGUGAGAAAUAUCAAUACUCGAACAUGAUGUCCGAUCUCUGUUCUCCGGGAGAGACUAUUCGCAUGUCCUGGGAUCUGGAUUACGACUGAUUGCUCCCCUCAGUCAGAGACUGGCGCUAGGGGGCGCUCCUGGAGUCUGUGGAGUCAACCCCACCUGGUGGGGUGCUCUGAUGAAUGAACAUAUCAAACACAAACAAUUAUGACCAGCCAACUCACACUGGGGUGAGCUGGACCACACUGACUCAGUCAUCUUUAGAAGGUAAGAAGUAUAGAUAGUGAAGAAGGCCCAUGUGUCACCUUACUUAACCUCUUCAGUCUUGGUUGUAUUCAGUUGCUCAACACAAGUUGUAUACACUUAACUUCUGCUUUUGGAAAUGGUGACAUGUUCAAUAAAACGCAUUUCUUAGAGUCUGGCCAUA